AUGAGCGCGGCCAGUGGGGAGCUGAAAAAACAGCGCCCCGUUGCCGCUGGUGAGGAGCCGAAAACCCGGCGCCUCUCCUUCAUCAACUGUUCUGUAAAUCAGAUCGAAUCCGCCAUCCAGACUGAGUGGGCGGAUUGGCGGUUCAAUGGUGAUUUCUGGUCGACCAUAUUGACUGGGGACCCUGCAGUCGAGUUCCGCGUGCUGAGCAAUCGGACACUGGAGUAUUGGGUCAGGACUUACAACAGGUGGCAGGACAUGGGCCGAAGAUCCAAGUCGGCGCCGCCGAACAGGGCAGAUCUCGUGGAAUUAGAGCAGAUUCUGAAUAUGCCACGUCACCGUCUAAAGGACAUCUGCAAGCUCUUCGACUACCAAGGUUGGAAAAAGCUCGAUGCUGAAGGAAUGUCGCCUGCUGUCUUGCAGCGAGUGAAGAUCCCCGUAGUAUCGCUCAUGACCGCUGGCGUCAUGUUGUCGCAGAUCAUUGCGCCGAAGCACAAGAUGCGCUUCAAUUUCGGGAUGGCCGACCUGGAUGACAGUCGCACAUUGGACGAAGGCGAGUUCGUCAACUUUAUCACCGCAUUUAUCAGGGGGCUUGGCGCUGCCUUUGGGAUCUCCCAGAAGGACGGCGUAAUGCCUUCUCUAGAUGCCAUCCGCGAAAUCGGGCGGCGCCUCUACAACCGAAUCUCUGCGAAGGCGGCAGAGGCACUGGUGAAGAUCUCUCGGACAGCUUCCAAGGAGACGAGGGCAGCUCUGAUCCAGGCCAUCAAGGAGCGGCAGCAGCACUUCGCGAAAGCUGCAUCCAUGGAGAGGCAGCUGUCCGUUGACGAGGUGCUGGAGGAGGAGCAGCCUCCGACUUCCAUUCCACGCGCGCCGUCGAAGCAUGUUGAGUGCGUGGCUGUCCGGCAGGUCUUGAACUUCGCCACGAUCGAGGCCUGGUGCUUUCGGGAGUACAAGGACCCUCUGGCACUGCCUUAUGCCCUGGCCUUCGAGCGCUUCUGUGCCCGCGGCAGCGGAGCGGACCUGUGUAGCCGGCGCGUCUCAACACAGGUCAUGCUGCCCAGUUGGCAUGAGUGGCACCUCUCUCACACAGAGGCGGUGGAACUGCCAAAGGAGCUGGACUCUCGAGACGACGCAAAGCUGCCUGCCAGGUGGCAGGUCCUGUUCCUGCGCGACGUCUUCAACUACUGCAAGUCUGAGGGCUCCUUUCAGCUGACCUUCUCGGACUUGGAGUACGGGCUUCGACGGAGCUUGACGCCGGAUCUCUGGGACCUCGUGAGCGAUGCCAUGCGGAAGAUGUCCGACGAGACUCGAGGUGCAGCGACGUUCUUCCACUUCUUGAAGAAGGCAUACCCCGGCUGCCAGCCCAAGCAUCUCGCUACAUUCCAGGACUGGUGCAACCAGUACGACGAGCUGCAGCGGCGCAGCGCUGAGAUGGAUGUCCUCACCGAAGCGGCCGCGCUCUUUGAAAAGAAGAACGCGAUGCCGAUCCUGCCCGUGGACGAUCAGGCGCGCUUAGAGAAGGAGUUCGAAGAGAUGGCAGCUUGGCUUGCAAUCCUCAUAG